AUGAAGCGAAUUGCACUGAGGGCCCCAAAGAAGGCUCAUGGCUCCGUUUGCCAAUUCUGUCAGUUUUCCAGCGCGUCGAGGCAAUUGGCCCUGCAGCUCCAAGCACCACUCUUCGCAAGAAAGCUGAGCAAAAUUCCCAAAGCUGCUCACAAACCAAAAGCCUACCUAGCCAAUUUCAGCCUUUGCAACAGUUCGAUAUAUCGUUAUGCGUCAAGCACCGCAGUUGCUCAGUCGAAAGAUGACCCUGACCUUAUGCUUCGAGACGUGCUACGGGAUUCACAUGCGAUAAUCACUGGGACGGCAUUGCCUUCUGAAGAAACAGUCGUGGAGCUGCUGGAGCGGUGCAAGAAUAUUGUCAAGAUUGCGCUGCUGGAUAAUGAGGGCUCUACUGAAGUCGCUGAUAAUAAUGCGACAUCGUCGCUCCUUGACCUCGAAGACGAAAACGGCAACGCCAACAAAUCACCCGCGAAACCCAAAAGGACGCUGAACAAAAACUUCCGCCAAAGAACGACAAUUGCAAUCUCGUCGAUGCUUGAUGAAUUAGUGCGCGAUCCGAAAGUUUUUAUAUCACCCAAUAUACUCCACGGAUACACCGUGAUCCAAUCUCAGCUCAAAAAGGCCGAUCAUUUCCCCGAGGUCUUUUCCCUCUACGCAUCCAAACCCGCACCACAAGCCAGCGGCUCGACCAUUACAUAUCAUCCCGUUAAUCCCAAAAGCCCGAAGAAUGCAAUCCCCCAAGAGCUUGCCGACAUGGCCCUUGACAUAGCCAUCGAGCAACAAAAUCUUCCCCUUGCCCUCGCCAUCGUCGACAAGACAUUUUGCACCCCGGCCUUCCGCCGAGCGAAGGUCCUCCGCAAGGCCUCUCUACCUCUAAUGGGAUUAGUCGGCGCCCCUCCAGCAGCUUACAUAGCUGCCACCUAUGCUUCGACCUUUCAGAAUACCAUGAAUCCAACUACCUCGACGUGGAUUGCAUUUUCUGCAAUUUUAGCCUACAUCACGUUUACAUCAUCGGUUGGGUUGGUGGCUAUCGCCACUGCAAACGAUCAGAUGCGCCGUGUUGUCUGGCUCCCGGGGAUGCCACUCCGGGAACGUUGGCUGAGGGAAGAAGAGCGCGCGGCGAUGGAUAAGAUAGCUGUGGCUUGGGGAUUCAAGGACCCGUGGAUGCAAGGCGAGGAAGAAGGUGAAGAGUGGGAAAGUUUGAGGGAAAUUUUGGGUAUGAGGGGCAUGAUUCUAGAUAAAACUGAUCUAAUGGAAGGAAUGGAAUAG